CAUCGUCAUGGAGGAACAGAUCUGAAUAGAAACACAAGAAAAACGAAAUACUACCCGAAGAAGAAAAAAGACACGCCUCGCCACCACUACCUAUCGAACCGUACCGACGAGGCCAACUGCCGUGUUGGCGAUACCCGUUUCGGCACCUGUAUCACGCACAUAGAACACGGAUACUAACCCACAGCAAAACCAGCCAUGGCCGACGGGCGCGUAUCCACGCCCACCGGCACGCGAGUCACCGUUCGACGACACUUUCGCACAACUUCACAAUUCCGCUCAGCCUCACAAUCGCCAUCGCGCCACCACCGCCUAGGCGACGAUCUCCUUGCCCAACUUUUCCCCAAUACCGCCGUCGAUGCUCUCCGAAGCCCCACGGGUGUGUUGAAAACAUGUAUGGACCAGGCCUCGACGUCCGAGCAGGCCUUCGCCAUGCGAACCGCCGUCGCGUCGAAAAAGAUAUACGAGUGGCUCGACGAGCUCUCCAACUGGUCGUGGCCCGCGCAUGCCGGCUCCGCUGGCUUCGAAGCGCCGCCUGCUAAGAGAAGGAAGCUAGCCGAGUCCGAAGCGUCGGAUAGCGACCGGGAGGGCCAGGAGGCUGGCUCCGACCUCACCGCCGACACUAGUUACCUCGGAAGUCUAACCGUCGCCGAUGUCGAACGAUACGAGAAGCGAACCGAGAAGAUACAGCAGGAUUUGGAUGACUUGGAUCUAGAGGAGAUUAAGAACCAGGUCUUGCACAACCAUAUCCUACCGUUAUCGCGGCCGAGUAGCCCCUAUUCCGAAGGCGGACGCUCGUCUGCGUCGGGCUUCAUGUUUGCCAAGAUGGAAGACCUCACCGCGGUUGUCACCGCCAUCACCGUGCAGGCCUUGCCUAACCUAUCUAGACUGACGAGAUUGCUCCACACGUGGACGAUUCGACUGCUCGUUCUCCAGAAGAUCCCUUCUCUGUUGACUACUUUGGCGGAAGCCGAGGUCGCCUUGCGCUCCGGCUGGGACGCAGUCGAGCCGGCGGACACCAACUCUGCAAUUGCGGACGAACACGGGGGCGACACGACAGACAAGUCGCGUGUACUUUCCAGAAUGGACUUCGAGGUCAUGAAGGGCGUCAUAAGGCUGAAAAUAACGAAGCCGGCACACGCUAUAGACUCCAUGCUCGACACGUUGGAAGGCGCCUCGGACACUCUACCGGAGGAGUGGCUAGACCGCCUGGAGGCGGUAGAACGAGGUUACCUCGAAUGGGAGACGAGAGGGGAGCGGAAGGUCCUUGAGGGCGAGGACGCCAACCCGUCCCAACCAACUCUGGUCCCAGGAACGCCACAGCCGAAGAUUCGGAUCCAGGGCCCGAGCCCAGCCAGAGACCUACCGCCGCUCUCUGAGAACAGCCGAUUCGCCUCCCCGCCAAUACCCUCCGAGGAAUCUCCGGCGCAAACGAACGUAGCGGGAGAGCAGGACGCGAAUGGAGUCCGUUUGCCUGCCGAGCAAGCCUCGAUCACAAUCCUGAUAAACGAGCCGAGCGGCGAAGCUGAUCGCGUUGACGGAAAACGCCCGACGAGAUCCGUAGCGGCAGCCUCUAAGCUGACUAACGCAUUGUCCGAUGCUUCGCGCCUGCUCCCAGUCGAGCAGUCUCAGGAGAACGGAUUGGAAGACGCGGGACUAAACCCCGUAUUAGGCGAAGUCGAUCGGAACGUCAUCCGCAAUCCUCCACGAGAACUCAAGAAGUCUCCGGUAAUUCACCGAAGAGAACCGCAAGUCGACGAACCCGAAUCAUCAGUCUUGGAACCGGUAGACGAAGAGAGCGAGGAGGGAGAAGAGCUGGAGCUGCCCCCCGCACGAUUGGCGAUCCGCAAGGAGAGCAGGGAGUCGAUUGCCUCAACCGUCAUAUACGGUCCUCCCGGAGGCUUCCUCGAUCGCUCCGAUGGCGCGCCAUACAGAGAAGACUCGAUUGACCCGGAUCUCCCCCGUUUACCGGAUCCCGACGAGCCGUUCUCGAGCGAUGCUAUCAGCCCUCCGAGUUCGCCGCCUCUGCGAUACAAGACCACUCGUUCGACUUCGGUCACCUUCAAGGAUGUGCCUGAGAUUACCCACCUGCCAGAACCGGGUAGCUCGCCACCACGGAGCCUUCGGGAGCUAUCCGAGGUCUACGAUGGAGAUACUUCGUUCGAGUAUGACAGCCGACCUGACAGCUCGGGUAGAAUGAGCACAAUCAGUUCCACUAGCGACGACGAUCACAUUCAACAACGGAUCGGCGAGCUCCUCCAGUCCAUCCCGGCCAAGAUCCGGUUCUCAAGGACCCCUGGGAUCAAUUUGAACCCACCCGACUUCCAGCCCCCCUCGCGGUCGAAAACGAGACCAUCGGAUACUACGCGUCGUAGCAACUCCAGUCUAUCUUCGCGCGCUGGGACCCCAUCUUUUUCCCGCAGCGGAACCCCCUCGUUUAUGUUAGCACCGGCGAGAGAGCCCCGUGCCAGGUCGAGGAACCAGGGCAUCAAAGUCUACCACUUGUCACGAUCUACUGGCGAACCGCCCAUAAAACUAUUCAUCCGCUGCGUUGGAGAGCGCGGCGAGAGAGUAAUGGUUAGGGUCGGCGGUGGGUGGGCAGACUUGGGUGAAUAUCUCCGAGAAUACGCGGUGCACCACAGUCGGCGAUCUAAGGGCGAGGGCAAAGUAGAUGUCAAGGAUGUACCAUCUGCGUCUCCCGGUACGGUCGGAUCUAGUCCAUCGAGCCGACCAGCAUCUGCUUUAGGGUCCCCGAUCACCCCUCUCGCAGUCCGCAAGACUAGAAGGACCGUGGGCGAAGAGGCGGCACCGAAGUUCCCUAAGACGCCGUUUGCGACCGUCAGGCGGGACUCGGACACGCCGUCGUCUGACGCGUCGGCUCGGUCGCGCGAAUCAUCACGCGUGGAGUGGGAUGAGGAAGACAGCUCUCUCGGCUUGGCCGGACCAAAGGCGAAAAAGAUAGACAUGAGCGAGGAGAGCAGGCUUUGGGUCGAGAGCGUCAAGGAAAAAGUUCGCAUCGCUAGCGGCGAGCGAACUGUCCCACCGGAGCAACGACUGGACGCUAAGUUUGGCGAGAUGGGCAAGGUCGGGGGUACGAAACGGCUUUUCAGGAGGAACUAGGGGGGGGGGAGG